AUGCCAGCCACCUUGGAAAGCAAGAACAUGGUUGAGGAAAUAUCUGAGAUACCUGCGGUAGCGUCAGCUAAAGCUACGGAACAAGAAGAACAGCAAGACAGUGAAAUCAUUCCCAAAAAUGGCACACGAGAUCGCAUCAGAGAUCCGUCCAAAUCUUCCCCACCCGCAAUAGCUGCACCUCCAUCCACUUCUCAAACCGACCGUAUGGCGCGCUUCAAGGCUCUUCAGUCCCGCGCAUCCGCUUCACAGAAGUCGAAUUUGGCGGAAGCCCGCGCUGAAGCUUCUCGUUCAUCGGUCGACCCAUCUCUCCUCGCCAAUCUUUCCCGUAAAGCCGCUGUAGCUUCGCAUAAUCUCUUGAAGGCAGAUACAGAAGAAGAAGGUGGACUUGGUGCUUUCGAACGAAAGCGAGCUUGGGAUUACACAGUAGAGGAGUCUGAGCGGUGGGAUGAGAGGAUGGAGAAGAAGGCGCGUCAGAGGGAUAAUGUUGCCUUCCAGGACUACAGCAGCGAAGCGGCCAAAAUGUAUGAGAGGCAAAUCAAGAACCUAGAAAAUAUGGAGUUGAAAGGAGGGAUCAGGAACCGGGAGGAGUACGAAGCUUCGAAGGCAGCGUUGAUCGAGAAGGCAGCUCAAAGUGGUGGGCUGGAUAUUGUGGAGAUGGAGGAUGGAGAGCUGGUUGCCGUUGACAAGGACGGAACUUUUUAUUCCACAUCAGACACAGUCGAAUUUGUAGAGAAUCGACCGAAGAGGGAGAAUGUGGACAGGCUGGUCAAGGAUAUGCAGAAGGCGGAGGACGCGAGGCUCAAAAGGAGGAGGGACCGACUCGGUGCUGAUACCAAUGAUGGAGACAUCACAUAUAUCAACGAUAAGAACAAGCAAUUCAACCAGAAGCUGGCUAGAUUCUACGAUAGGUACACUGGGGAUAUCCGAGAAAGCUUCGAGAGAGGAACUGCAAUAUGA